AUACUUUCCUUAUUUGCCAUUGAAAGCCCAGAUUAUCUCAAGAAUUUAGAAACCAACCAAGUUUUAGAAUACCCCUUCUGAUAGUUUUUUCUGCUAUUUCUUCAAAAUCUAGAAUCGUGGUGGGAUUCCUUCUUUGCUUUACUGACUGGUCUCAUUUGUAAUAAGGGGAUUGUCAAUCGUGAGAAAAUUGUUUCAAGCAUUAUCAUCCUUCAAGAGUACUCACCCUCGUGUAUCAACCAUUUGCUGUUGGAACGAUUGCAAUACUGGCAUAUAAUGAAUCAAAAAUUGAUACCAGAAGGAGGAAUAUACGUGGAUACUCUCUCUUCUUCCUAAGUACUGUGUUGCUUAUAGUUUUGGAUUUGGUCACAUCCGGGAAAGGAGGGAUUGGACCAUAUAUUGCUUUAUGUGUCAUUGUUGGUUCAUUCGGAAUCGCUGAUGCCUUUGUGCAAGGUGGGAUGGUUGGAGAUCUCUCCUUGAUGUGUCCUGAAUUCAUCCAGUCUUUUAUGGCUGGAUUGGCUGCCUCAGGAGCUCUAACCUCUGGGUUGAGGCUAGUCACGAAAGCUGCUUUCGAGGAUUUACAUGACGGUCUUCGUAAAGGGACCAUGUUAUUUUUAGCGAUAUCUGCUGCUUUCGAGUUUUUCUGUGUUAUUCUCUAUGCAAUAGUCUUCCCUAAAAUCCCACUAGUAAAGUACUACCGUAAAAAGGCUGCUUCCGAAGGAUCCAAAACUGUGUCAUCUGACCUUGCCGCUGUAGGCAUCGAAAUUCAAUCAGACCUAGAAGUUGGAGACAAAGCCGAACUAUUGAGCAAAAAGCAGCUAUUCCUAAAGAACAAAGACUAUCUUAUUGGCGUGUUUCUGAUAUACGUUGUCACAUUGUCAAUCUUUCCCGGGUUCUUGUACGAAAAUACUGGAGAACACCAAUUGGGUUCAUGGUAUCCACUUGUUUUAAUAGCAAUGUACAAUGUGUGGGAUCUGAUAGGCAGAUACGUACCUCUCAUAAACUGGGUGAAGUUGGAGUCGAGGAAGGGCCUGUUGAUCGCGAUUCUGAGUCGUUUCUUGCUCAUCCCAGCAUUUUACUUCACUGCAAAAUACGGGGACCAAGGGUGGAUGAUCUUCCUCACUUCCUUCUUGGGACUAACCAAUGGCCAUCUUACUGUUUGUGUUUUUACUGCAGCACCUAAAGGCUACAAGGCGCCUGAGCAGAAUGCGUUGGGGAAUCUGCUUGUAAUGUUCCUUUUAGGCGGCAUUUUUGCAGGAGUUUCUCUCGAUUGGCUGUGGAUCAUUGGAAAUGGUAGCUUCUGAAGCAUCGGUUAUAUUUCAUUUGUUGAACAAAGCAAAGCGUAGACAUUUGUUUAUGCAUGCCUUGCAGUUACAGGAAGUUUAUUAGCUUAAACCAGCCUUCUUUUUUUUUUUUUUUUUUAAUUUACCUGUUUCCUAUUUAGUUUUUAAGCUAUGGAUUGCAUAUGUUCUUUUUUGGUUUUAUUCUAAUUGUAAAUAGAUCAGUUGAAUUUUAUAAUGAUAUCCUCUUGCACAAUCUCUUCUAA